GCACGCUCUUGCUCUGCACAGACCAAAGUGUUUUUUAGCCACCGCAAAAGAGAAUAAGAAGCUACUACCAGAUGUUGAACUGCUUUACCUUUCUCCCAAACGAAUUCUCUCGUCCUACGUUCAAGCACUGAUGGACAUGAUCUCAACAAGAAACCAUUCGAAUAUACACAACUACCCGAUACCAAGCUAAGUCAUUACUAUCUGUACUGCACUUGUGCUAAGAAAAGUACUACACCAAACAAAAAAAACAAACCCAUUUUCACUACCGCCAAAAUGUUGAAGGCGAGCAC